GAUUGGUCCGAAGGAGGAGUUUUUCCACUGUUCGAAGUGCAAUUUAUGCCUAAGCUUGAGUCUUCGAGGAAAGCAUAAGUGUAUUGAAAAUGUCUCCAGGCAGGACUGUUCAAUAUGUUUGGAGGAUAUUCACACAUCACGUGUGGGAGCUCACGUUCUGCCGUGUGGUCACCUUCUUCACAGAACGUGUUACGAGGGCAUGCUAAGGGAAGGUUACAGGUGUCCCCUGUGCAUGCACUCGGCUUUGGAUAUGACCCGGUACUGGCGUCAGCUGGAUGACAAAGUAGCGCAGACUCCUAUGCCCACAGAGUAUCAGAACAUGAUGGUGAAGAUCCUUUGCAAUGACUGCAGUGCACGGUCUACGGUGCAGUUCCAUCUCCUAGGCAUGAAGUGCACAAACUGUGGAUCGUACAAUACUGCCCAAGACGGAAGAUGCCAGCUGUCUUUGGAGGAGCAGUGA